UACCUAUAUGGUAAAUUAUCGCUCGUACUCAUUAUUUUCUACUGUUGCAACGUAUUCGGUACAGAAUAGUGUUUGAAAUGGUAUCGUUUUUAAAUUAUUUACUAAUUUGUUUUCUCGUUAAAGAAAAAGUGAGCGGUAAUAGUAUAGUAUUCGGCGCGAACGACAUUAGCAAACCGGAAAAAACUAAUUGGAAUAAUGGUAUGGCAGAUGUGCAUAACAGUAACGUUGAAAAUAUUACGCCUCGGGAUUUGUUUACAUCACCUAUAGAGUUAAGUCUUUUGGAAUCAUAUUUGUCAAAUAGAAAAGCCUAUAACCAAAAGUCAAAUCUAAGACCGAUUCCAAUCAGACAACAACAAAAUAAAAAGCAGAAUCGUCCUAAGCUUAAAGUUAAUUAUACUCCCAAUCCUAAAGUUAAUCCUACAAUAAAUUCUAAAAUUAAUCCUACGAAAAAUUCUAAAAUAAGUCCUCCUAUUGAUUCUAAAAUUAAUCCUCCUACUGAUCCGAAUAGUAAUGCAAGUGUGCAGUCAACAAAUAAAGGUGAUGUAUUGAAAAAAACCAAAUCAGCCGAAGCACUAGAUGAAGGGUUUGUAAAACAAGUAAGAAAAUGGGCCCUUCUCAAGCUUUCGAAAAUUAGAAGUAGCUACCAAAAAUCAGAAGCGUUUAAAGAGGAUACAAAUCUUAAUAUGUACAGUCAAUUGAGAGCUGAUGCCAUAUCAAAAGGAAACCUAGUCGAUAAAUCUAAUCACAACGAAAUGAAGUUUACAAAACGUGGAACAAAAAGCUUUAAGAAACCAAUGGUAUUGGCAAACGAUAUUAUAAGUGUAUGGCAAGUAAAAUAUCCUAAAAUCAUAUAUAGCAAAGAUUAUAAAAGGUACAAAUUUGGACUUGGUGUAGCAAAAUCUUCAAAUGGCAAAUUCUAUGCAGUGAGUAAUCUAACAUGAUUUUUGGGCUAUGAGUGAUAUUUAUAAUUCUCUGAUGUUAUAUAAAAUAAUAAAUAAAUAAGAAAAUUUAAAAAUAUGAUUUAAUCAUAAGUUGUAGAAAUAUUUGCAGUAUUGCUUAAGGAUUUGAUAUUACUUUUGUUAUAUUUAUACCUAACGAAUAAACUUUUGAUUUACAAGUCGGUACUGUUAUACAUUUGUACACU